AUGGCUUCUUCCCCGGCGCAGCAGGACUCCCAGCCGGCCAAGAAGGGCCCGAGUGCCCUGCGGUCUAUUAUCGCUGGCUCGACCGCUGGAGCGAUUGAGAUUGUUGCGAAGACCAGGACGCAGCUCAACCGCCGCCUAGCCGACGGUCAGAAGCUGCCAUGGCCGCCGUUCGGUAAACAGUGGUAUGCGGGAUGCACCACCCUCAUCAUAGGAAACUCCUUGAAGGCUGGAAUACGAUUUGUCGCAUUCGAUCAGUACAAGAAGAUGCUCGCCGAUGCCGAGGGUAACAUCUCCGGGCCGCGGACGGUGAUUGCUGGCUUCGGCGCCGGAGUAACCGAGUCCCUGCUUGCAGUCACGCCGUUCGAGAGUAUCAAGACGACGCUGAUCGACGACAGGAAGUCGGCUAAACCGCGACUGCGCGGAUUUCUUCACGCCGUACCCAUCAUUGCGCGCGAGCGUGGCAUUCGAGGCUUCUUCCAAGGCUUCGUCCCUACGACGGCCCGACAGGCUGCUAACAGCGCAACGCGUUUUUCAUCAUAUAACUUCCUCAAGCAGAUGGCGGAGUCAUACACCGCACCGGGCGAGAAACUCGGGACUGUCGGCACGUUCGCCAUGGGUGGUCUGGCUGGUCUUAUCACAGUCUAUGUCACUCAACCGCUGGAUACAGUCAAGACUCGCAUGCAGAGUAUCGAGGCAAAGCAGGUGUAUGGCAAUAGCUUCCGUUGCGCAGCUAUGAUCUUUAAGAACGAAGGCGUCUUCACUUUCUGGAGCGGCGCGUUACCGAGACUGGCACGACUAAUACUGAGCGGCGGCAUUGUCUUCACCAUGUACGAGAAGAGUAUCGACUUCAUGGAUCGCAUGGACCCCGACAGGAAGUACAUAUGA